AGUAUUUUCACAUCAAGCCUAAAGUGAGCAUGGAAAAGUGGGAAGGAAAAACAGCGAUCGUCACAGGCGCAUCAUCUGGAAUUGGUGAUGCAAUUGUGCGUGAUUUAGUGAAACAUGGAAUAAAUGUUGUUGCUUUGGCUCGUCGAAUGGUUAGAUUACAAAAAUUGAGGGAUCAACUUAGAAAUGAGAAGGGAAAAGUCAUUACAAUAAAAUGUGACGUGUCUGAUAAAGAAUCAAUUGAUGCAGCAUUUGAAGAAAUUGAAGAAAGAGUUGGAAGAGUUCAUAUUUUAGUAAAUAAUGCUGGCAUUUGUGUCUCGAGUGAAAUAUUCAGUAAUAAUAGGAAAUCAGAUGAAGUCAUAGUCAGCACCAUCAACACAAAUUUCCUUGGAUUGGUCAGGGUUUCACAAAAAGCUUAUAAAUUGCUGAAAAAGACAGAUGACUAUGGAAUAAUUAUAAACAUUGGAAGUAUUGCUGGACAUAAUGCUUCAUUUGAUUUUCCAUUUAAUGUUUAUCCUGGAACAAAAUUUGCCGUCCGAGCUUUUACUGAGUCAAUGCGUCAAGAGCUUAACAAACUUAAAGAUACGAAAAUUCGCGUCUGUGAAAUAAGUCCCGGUGGUGUUCUCACAGAAAUUGGUGGUGACUCCCUCAAUACACCAGAAAUGAAGGCAAUGCUUGAAAGUGGAAUGUUUCCAAUGCUCAAAAGUUCUGAUAUUUCACAGACAGUUCUGUUCAUGCUGAUGACACCAUAUGAAGUUAAUAUUACUGAAAUGAUUGUCAAGCCGGUUGGAUUUAAUUUUAAAAAAUAA